AUGGCUUCCAAUACCGCAGGACUGUCGUACGUCAAGGCUAACGACUAUGGAUUUGCUUACCAGAAGAUCAGUACAUCCGAGACAAACCCUCCUCUCAUCCUAGUGCAUGGUCACAUCUCCGACUAUCGUACCUGGACCGCCAUUAUCCCAUUUCUCUCCCAGCACUUCACUAUCUACAACUACUCCCGGCGCUUCGCAUGGCCGAACGAGCCAAUUCCAGACGAGCACGCUCCCAGAUGGGAGCAAGACGCGGAGGACCUGAUCGCUGUCAUUCAAGCUCUGGACAUCGCUCCAUGUCAUGUCCUAGGCAAUAGUUCCGGCGCGUUUGGCAUCCUCUGGGCGGCGAAGACUCACCAACACCUGUUCAGGUCAAUUCUACUAGAGGAGCCGCCCUUGGUGCCUCUCUUUUACCCUACUCUUCCACCUGGCUUGUUGGAUACCCUGAAGUUCUUCAUCACACACCCCAUUUCCUUCUUUCCCGUUACUUACUACGGGGCCGCAACGAUCGGCCCAGCCGUGGAGUUUGCGAAGGCCAACCCGACAGACUAUAAUGGCACCGUUGACAUCUUUGGUCCGGGUGUCUUAGGAGCGGAGUUCUGGAAGCGUGCCAAGACAGAUCCAGCUCGCCGCCAACAAUUCGAGGACAACGCGAAGUGGCUGCACAACUUCUUCGGGAAGUCUGCUAUACCUGUUUAUAGACCAGAAGAUGUGGGCAAGGUCACCGUGCCGGCGCUGGUCCUGACCGGGACGGAUGGGCCAUGGAGUCAGCAGUGUAUCGAUUCGGAGUUGUUCAGGCUGUUCAAGGCGGCGGGCAAUGGCAAGAAAGACAGGGCAUGGAUCAAAGGGGCUGGACACCUCAUGCAAGAGGAUGAGCCUGAGAAGGUGGCGGAGGCUGUGAAGCGAUUUGUGCUUGGGAUUUGA